AUGGCCGACAUUUUCCCUGCCGACCUGCAUGUGGCGUGGGAGCCUCUCCCAGAAGACGAAGCACCUUCGGUAGAAGCAGUCGUCGAGCUGGCCGUCAGGCUGGAGGACCGACUACGCAAGGGAGAAAAGGUGUGCCACGAUGCCCGGGACAGUCUCAAGGGACAACCACAGAUAAGCUGUCCCCAGACGAUUGCGCAGGUUCAGUGCGUGCGUGAGGUGCUGCUGCAGCAGUCGAGCAUUUACACCGAUCUCGUCAUGCGCGCUGACCUACCGGCUAGCAAGCGAGGAGUCCAGGUCUGCAUUUCCAUUCGCGGGGAAGGACCUCCGUCUCUGCGCCCGUCCGAACGCGUGGCCGACGAGACGCAGGCCGACCGUUACAAGCGCGAAAGGGAACACAGGCUCCAGAUCGACACGAUUCAGGACGACCACCAACCGGAUCUGCUGAAAGCAUCGCUCCUGCCCCCACCAGCUUCCGAGGACCAUCUCAACACCUUGCCGUCCACCCAAGUACCGCACGACAACAGCUUCGAUGCUAAUGGCACCCGUAAAUGUGCACCGGGUGGUCCUAAGCUUGGCGUUCUCACGAAGGCGACAACAAGAAGAAAUAGUAGUGGAAGAACGGACCUUCCGGGUGGUCGUGGCGUCCUUCUUCCCAGGAAGCUGGUAACACUAGGCUCGUAUUCGGGUAAUUUUUCAGACUUAUCAGGGGAGGGCAGCAACGGGUUGACGAUGUUGUCGCCGACGCUGUUGGGGAAGGAUUCAUCCCUCCGACAGCCUCUUGCUCAAGACCGUGCUAGGGUCGUCGGUUUAGUGCCGUAUCCCACCAUGCGAUCCCUAAGAAAAUCGUGA